GAAGACAGCAGGGCCCCUUCAUCAUUAUCAGCUGGAAGGGAGGGCUGUCGCUGAACACACAGACCAACGUCAUGGUGGAAGCUGUGAGGACAGAGGAACAUCAAAGGGAUCUCGAGGGCAACUGUCUCUCCCAGUCCCCAUCAAAGAGUGGCUUCUCUAACUGUGGGGCCUGUCUCUGCACCUUCUCAUGACAGCCCUAUAAAAGCAGGCUCCCUCCUCACUGUCCACACAUCGAGCUCCUGCUCACCACUCCUCCAGGUGACUCCAGCCAUGAAGACGCUUGUCCUCCUCUCUGCCCUUGCCCUGCUGGCCUUCCAGGCCCAGGCUGAUCCUCUCCCGGAAGCAAAUGAAGAGACGAGCAUUGAAGAACAGACAGGGGAAGAGGACCAGGACGUGUCCAUCUCCUUUGGAGAUCCGGAAGGGUUUGCUCUUCAAGAUGCAGCCUCAAGAAGGAAGAGGACAUGCUACUGCAAAAAAGCCUGUGAAAGUUUUGAGCAUGUCACUGGGGUCUGCAGAUUUUUUCCAAGACGGUACAUAUGCUGCCAUGGAUCUCAGAACACAGAGACAUCAUAA